AUGAGACCCGAGAGAGUUUCGGUCAGGUUGAAUCACCAACUGAGAAUUCUCAACCGGGUUUUGGCUUGCAGGCCAGCCGGAGCAGCCAAAACUAGUCGAUUGGUGCUCGUUGCGCUCUACCUGGUAUUGAAGGAGAGCUUUGGGCUGUACGGCGAGAUCAGUGAGGCCUUGGAGGUGUUGCAAGAGCGAUUUGCCCAGAUGGAAUAUGGAGAAUGCCUCAAGGCUUUCGAUACUUAUGUCAGCUCGGCGAAGCUGAUCGAUGAGCUCGUGGGGCUCCACAAUUGGUGCAGGGACGCAAGGAUCGCCCGAAUGUCCGAGUUUCCUGAAGUGCAGAGACUUACUGAUGAUGUCCUGAGAACUCUUCAAGGGCAGAUGAAGGAGAUGAACCGGAAUUGGCCGAGCAAGAAUAGCCCCGAGCAAAUCGAGGGAACGAAUCUCGAUCAGCCAGUUGAGGAGCGGUCCAAACCCAAUAUGAACGAGAUAAGAGCGCUUCCUGCUCUGGAGAAUCACACGGGCCCGGCGCCUCUGAUCGAGCCACAACCCGAGCCACAACCUCAGCACGCCGCAGAACUGAUUGAUCUAAGAGACUUUGGCGUUUCAGCCGACGAACAGGGCGACAAGUUGGCUGUGGCCUUGUUCUCGGGCGCACCAAAUGCAACCGCUAACGGGUCAUGGGAACCAUUCGCAUGGACCGGACAGUCCGAGGCUAAUUUGGCAUGGGACACGCCGGCAGCGGACGAUACCAAAGCUGAUUGGGAACUCCUCCUAGUCGAAACGGCUAGCAACCUAGCGAAGCAAAAAGCCGACAUGGCGGGCGGAUUCGAUCCCUUGCCCUUGAGCAGUAUGUACGACCGAGGGGCCGUGAGGCAGCACAUGAGUGCCGACCAAUUAAUUGGAGGCAGCGCAAGCAGCAGCGUGGCCUCGCAGGUAGGCCCAGGCAAGGCCGAGAGCCGGGUCCUGGCCUUGCCGGCUCCUGACAGGACGGUCCGACCGGCCGGCCUGCAGGACCCUUUCUCGGCGUCGCUCCUCCCGCCGCCGCCUCCUGGUUAUCAUGGUCCUGUUCCUGGGAAUAUGGCGAUGCCUUACGGGAUGCCACAUGGAAGAGGAUUCUAUCACACGGCCUAA